AAUAUCUUUCUCUCCACAUAUAUAUAAAACAUCUCUCUUCCUCUAUUUGCUCCUUUCUUUCACAACUCAUAAUCAAGAAAGGCAGAUCGAAGGUGGUGGUUAAUCUGUCAAGCCAUCAAUCAAUCAAUCAGUCAACCACAUCAAGCAAUCAAUUUCUAAAAGAACAGAGAAUCAAAGAUGUCCUCCUCUUCUACCUUGUCAUUGGACCAUCUCUCUCCCUCGGAGCAGCUCUGCUAUGUUCAUUGCAACAUUUGUGACACUGUCCUCGCGGUGAGUGUUCCUUGCACUAGUAUGUUCAAGACUGUCACGGUUCGAUGUGGCCACUGCACGAACCUGCUGCCAGUAAACAUGCGUGGGUUACUUGUACCUUCAGCUAAUCAACUUCACCUGGGCCACUCUUUCUUCUCUCCUUCCCAUAAUUUUCUGGAAGAGAUACCAAAUCCAACUCAAAACUUUCUGAUCAAUCAACCAAACCCAAAUGAUUUACUGCUGCAAGAACGACGAGGACUUGAUGAACUCCCAAGGCCCCCAAUGAUUAACAGACCUCCAGAGAAGAGACAGAGAGUCCCCUCAGCGUACAACCGAUUCAUCAAGGACGAGAUCCAACGCAUCAAGGCUGGAAAUCCCGAUAUUAGCCACAGAGAAGCCUUUAGUGCUGCUGCAAAGAACUGGGCCCACUUUCCACACAUCCACUUUGGUCUCGUGCCUGAUCAGUCCGUGAAGAAGGCUAACGUGCGCCAACAGGAAGGUGAGGAUGUUCUCUUGAAAGAUGGAUUCUUUGCUCCAACAAAUAUGGGUGUCUCUCCAUACUAAGAAGUGCAGCUGAAGUUGGCUUCUCAAUCUCUCUCUCUCUCGAUCUAGCAGUCUUGGUUUUCAAUGGAGCUUCUGGUUCUAAUGCUAGUUAAGUCUAACAACUUUAAUUUCUCCAUAGCUCGUCUGCCAUUUGAAGGUCCUGUCUUGUGUUGAUACUUGUCUAGCUAGCUUGUACUACUUCUAAACACUUUAUGUGUGUACUUUUGCUUGGAAGACUUCAACCUUUUAUGUUUCACAAUUCUCUUCAGUAUAGUAUAGCUCUUAGGUGCCUACUUGUCCAUCUUUUUACAUGA